ACUGUUAUCUCCAUAAACAGAAAUGAGACUUUGUUCUCAAUGAUCUUCGUCUCUUGGCUUGGCAAGAGCAAUCCCGUGAACUUUGAUUGAUCCUCCGACAACUUUUUGUUGUCAAUUAACAGUGUCGGUCAUUUAAUUUUGUUUCAAUCGUACAUUUUAUUAACUGACUGCAGUUAACAGAGACGGCUCAAUACAGAACGAAUUUUGGGAGUGGCAGUGAAGCAAGUAAUCUUAAAGUAGAAUAAAUGUAAACAUUCGGGAGCAGUUGUAUUUUUGAAAAAAUCAUAGCGUCUUGCGGAUAAAAUACUCGAGUUUUUACGAGUAUUGUCGGAUAUAAUUUACGAGAAUACGAGAAGAUUAGAUAUUACAAAACAUGGUUUAUUUUGUAAGAUUACAGUUUCAGUAAAUACUUUAGCUGUAGUGUUUUCAAUUGCAAAAUGGAGGAUAUUUUUCAAUGGUGCCGGGAAAACAAUGCGAUGCAAGUUCGCGUUUGGUUAGACGAUACAGAGAAUGACAUGAACCAGGGAGAUGAUCAUGGAUUCAGUCCUCUUCAUUGGUGCUGUAAAGAGGGCCACACAAAACUAGCAGAACUACUUGUUAGCAGAGGAGGUCGAAUCAAUGCUACGAAUAGGGGAGAUGAUACACCCUUACAUUUAGCUGCUGCUCAUGGCCAUAAGGAUAUUGUUCAAUUGUUGCUACGUAAUAGGGCAGACGUAAAUGUUACCAACGAACAUGGUAAUACUGCUCUUCAUUAUGGUUGUUUUUGGGGAGACCAAGCAGUUGCUGAAGAACUUGUAGCUGCUGGUGCUUUAGUAUCGAUUGCAAAUAAAGAUGGUGACACUCCAUUAGAUAAAGCCAGAGGUCCUUUGGCUAAACGAUUACAUGAUAUGGCUGUAGAAUUUGGACAAGAUCUUAAAAAGAUCCAAUUUAAAGAUCAAAGCUGGCUUGGUCUUAAAACUAGAAGUCGUGAUGCUACAUUAUCAAGGCACAAAGGAAUAAAUAUGGCAGAUUUGUCUCUACACACUCAAUUAGCCGUUUCUCCUAGUGGUGAAACGUGGAGAGGUAGAUGGCAAAACAAUGACAUUGUUGCCAAAAUUCUACACGUACGCGAGUGCACUGCAAGAAUCUCUAGGGAUUUCAACGAAGAAUUUCCAAAACUCCGAAUAUUUUCUCAUCCAAACGUACUUCCAGUUUUGGGUUGCGUCAACCAACCUCCUAGGCUUGCCACUGUUUCACAGUACAUGGCAAGAGGUAGUCUGCACCGUUUAUUGCACGGCGGUACGGGAGUUGUAGUUGACACGGCACGAGCUUUGCGUCUAGCUCUCGAUGUUGCGAGAGCUAUGGCCUUUUUGCAUGGGCUUGAGCGACAGAAUAGAUGUCGAUUCCACUUGAACAGCAAACACGUUAUGAUUGACGAAGAUUUGACAGCACGAGUUAAUAUGGCAGACUCAAAGUUCUCUUUCCAAGAAAUUGGUCGUAUAUACGAGCCAGCUUGGAUGUCACCAGAAGCUCUCAGUAAAAAAUCAUCGGAAAUCAAUUUAGAAGCCAGUGAUAUGUGGAGUUUUGCUGUUUUAUUGUGGGAACUUGCGACAAGAGAAGUGCCAUUUGCUGAUUUAUCUCCGAUGGAAUGCGGAAUGAAGAUCGCCUUGGAGGAUUUACGCGUCAGUAUUCCACCCGGGAUUUCCCCACACUUGGCAAAACUUAUUCGCAUUUGUAUGAAUGAGGAUCCAGGAAAGCGACCCUCAUUUGACAUGGUUGUACCGAUUCUUGACAAAAUGAAACGUUAAACAACUUCUUAAAAGUCAACGUGAUUUGUCGAGUAAUUUUUUCGACAACAAAUCGAGGAAAAUAAGCUUUUUGACUGCCACUAUAUGAUCAUAGUGUUCAAUAUAAAACCGCCUCGAAAUAUUUUUAUAAAACUUUAUAAAAAUAUGCUAAUAAUGUUAAAUUAGUAUUUCAAUAAGUGCCUAUAAUCACUGAUAGCAAAUUUUUAGUAGUUUUUUAAUAUCAAAUGUAAUAAUCGAAUUUAUUAACGGUUAGAAGGAAAUAUACAACUGAAAUGAUCUUGGAAAGUUAUAUACACGUUUAUAUAGAAAUGUUAUUGUUUUAUUUCGUAUUGUAAUAACAAC